UUUCUACGAGCAUUUAUCAAAAUAUAGACACGAUCCCCUCCGUUGUUAAUCAAUGGAGCGGAAUUUAGGAAUCCAGUGCAUGUACACUGAAAUGUUUUUUUUGGAGUGUAAUUGAUAAACUUUUGACUAAUGCUUAGGAAAACAGCUCUUAAGACUGACAGCGUCGUUAGAGAGUGCUGGUCUGUAUCGUUCUUGGGAUUGGCGAUAUUUUGGCAAAUUAGUUGGAAGGGCUUCCUUUUAUCACGGUCUCAAAGCAUCAGCCGCCGGUAUUAGGUAAUAGUCGUGUUCCUCCUCGAAACAUGUAAAUAUCUUGCUGUGUUUGGAUUAUCCCCGCUCGAACAUCCGGGACGUUUUGUUCACUUCAUCUUUUUCUAUUUCUCAUUCUUUUGACGGAAGCGCUCUGCUUGUGUUUUGAACAUUUAACCGCUCGAAGAUCUAAACUUUUAGGAAAGCGAAAUUUUCAACAAUGUUUUGUUUUCACGUAGCUAUUAAUUUUGCUGGACUUUUGCUUGCUGUUGCAGCACAACAGAAACUCAUCAACAUAACGGGAACCGCAGGGGGACAGGUCACAUUGCCGUGUUUGGUGAAAAAUCUCGGACUUUACGAUGAAGUUAUAUGGCAAGGCCCCUAUCAGGAGACGAUAUCUUUUGGAGAUAGAAUUAUAUCCAGCGACCAAAGCAGGUAUCAAUUAAAGCAGGAAUACAGCGACGAUAAGAGUCUGACCAUAUCAAAUCUGAAAUCCUCCGAUCAAGCAGAGUAUCGGUGCAUGAAAGGGGCCACCCUAGUCCAAAUCGUGUAUCUAUGGGUGAAAGCGCCACCUCGAAUCUUGGACCAGAACAAGACAAUAGAAGCGUUUCUUGGGGACAAGGUCAUGCUUCGUUGCCAAGUAACCGGCACUCCUCCUCCAACAGUGAAAUGGUACAAAGAGAUAUUGGACAGCGGAACACGGAUCCUUGAAGAUCUCGGAACAAAAGGAGCUCAUUUCUCAUUAAAUGUGAAGCGUGAUUCGGAAGGGACAUACACGUGCCAGGCUGAAAAUGGAAUCUCACCUAAAGCACAAAGAUAUUUCCGCAUUAAUGUACAAUUAAUGCCUGUAAUCACAGCCCCCAGACAUGUAGAAGGAGAGCGUGGACAACAAGCACAACUACAAUGCACUGUUGAAGGAUAUCCGGUGGGAAAGGUAACAUGGUGGCACAAAGGGAAACAACUGACGAAAGACUAUCGUACCAGCUUCAAAGUUUUUAACUCUUCAUCCCAUAUUGCCAGAUAUUUUCUAAUUAUCAGCGCUUUGGAGUCGUAUGACUUUGGAGUGUAUACUUGUAGAGCCAGUAAUAAUGCCGGGACAGCCACUGGCCAGAUACAACUGAUUGAGAAAAAAACAGAUAUCAGAGAGUCCAAGUGCGAGAAGAUCUACAGUCCACAGUGUCACGGAGUCUUACAGACAAAUUUUACUUUACUUCCAAACAGCCAAGGACACACAAAACAAGAUAAAGCAGCUUUUGAGUUUAACAAAUUGUAUACCUUAAUUAAGGUUCAAUGCAGUAAAUUCUUGUUGCCGUUUCUCUGUGGAACCUUUUUUCCGCCCUGUAUCAAUGAUACCGUCUACCCCUUGUGUCCAGAUCUUUGCGAAAAGUGGCGAGAUGGAUGUAGUGGCACCGUGAGCAACUUUGGCUUUUCUUGGCCAUUUUCCUGUAUAGAAUUGUAUCAUCGACUGAAUGGGAGUCAGGUGUGUCUGGGAACAAAUGGUGUAGAGAAAAUAGCUCCCUUUAUUAAAAUUACAAAAGUUAGUGAUAAAGAACAGUUGUUAGAAGGAGAGAAAUUGACAUUGCACUGCACGGUUAUAGCUAACACUAAUUACAGUAUUACAUGGUACAAAAUCCGUAAACCGUCAUUUAUAUCGAGACCAGAAAAAUUUAAAGUGGGAAGCGGGAAACAUUAUGUAAUAGAGAACGUAGAUCAUGAUGACGCUGGAAUGUACAUAUGUGAGGCAGCCAAUGGAAAGGGAGUGAUGGAUUCCAAAAAUAUAACAGUUGACGUUGAGUUUGCUCCAAAGGUCGUUGUCCAGGCAGAAGUGGCACUAAUGACCGGUCUGGAUAUGGACCUGAAAUGUGAAGUUUUAGGGAAUCCACCACCAAUUGUUACUUGGAGCAAGCAAGAUAAUAUGUUCAAAACUGGACGAGAAACCCAUAGUAAAUACUCGAACACUUUUACCUUGAAAAUAAGGAAUAUGAGUAAAAGUGACUUAGGAGACUAUAACUGUUCUGCUGUGAAUAUUCUAGGCAGUGACUAUGGAUUAACAACGAUCAAAGAUUAUGGUAUGCCAGAGACAACUCGAAAUCCGGAGCCUGUUGUCAUAGUUUCCACGACAACAUUGAAGCAAACAACAAGAUCAUUAGAAGCACCCAACAAAGAAAGUAGUACAUCUACAUUUGCUGGAGAAAAGUCAGGAGAAAGCCAAGCUGUUUCAAAUAGUUGCAAUAUUACAUAUUUAUUGUUUUCAUUAUUGCUGACGCUAUUAAGUAUGUCAAUAUUACAUAAUUAGUACUAUUCAUUUUGCAUAUAAAUUCCAGAAGUGCCAUGUAUUUAAUAUCCCAAAAAUUAGCAAAAAUAAAUAUCAAGCCAUUGUCAUCUCACAUUAUAAACAAUAAUUCGAUAUAAAUACCAUACCACAACCAUUCCUACGUUAACAGUGAGAAAUGUGGUGCUAUUUUUUUUCGCCAUUUGCUCGAUGGAAAGCCAAAAAAAUGCGAAAAAAGAUAUAACAAGAUACAUUUGUAUAUGAUGGAUUUUACUUCAGAUUCCCAUAUAUCCAUGCGUGUGUGAAAGUGAGUGUGAGUGUGUGUGUUUGUUUAUAAAGACCUUUCGCAGUAAUUUGUAUAAUACAUUUACAUCAUGCACCUACAUGUAUGUGCUUUGAUGGAUGAAAUACUGUAAUACAUGUUAUCCUAACACUAUCAUCAAUUGAUUUUAAUUCAGCCCUAUUUUAUCAUUUUGUGACAUAUAGAAUUUUAUAGAGAAUUUUACAAAAGGUUAUGAAAUUAUCAAUGAUGAAGUCUGGUUGAUAUCACUUUGAAAAUAGAUUAUGUUGAAUGCGAUUAGGAAAGCAAAUAUAAUUUUAGAUUUAUGAUUCACGAAAACCUUUAUUUAUAGAAUAUAUAUGAAAAAAAUGAUAUGUGUAUAUAUGUGGUUUCAUUGGCAUGUGUAGAUCAUUCGCAGUAUAUUAUAUUGUCUUGUAUUUUUAAAACUCUGAAACAAAUAAAUGUAUAUAAUUCUG